AUGAGUCUGCUGAGGCCCAGCGGGCUGAAGGCCCCCACCAAGAUCCUCAAGCAUGGGAGCUGGGCCCUGAAGGCGCCCUCGGCCGCGGCUGCUCCCGUUGAGAAGUCCGUGCCUGGGGAGAAAACCCCCAGCGCCCCCUCCUCGGAGACGCAGGAGGAGUUUGUGGACGACUUCCAGGUCGGGGAACGAGUCUGGGUGAAGGGGAACAAGCCUGGAUUCAUCCAGUUCCUCGGGGAGACCCAGUUUGCCCCUGGUCAGUGGGCCGGGAUCGUCUUGGACGAGCCCAUCGGCAAGAACGACGGCUCGGUGGCGGGUGUGCGCUACUUCCAGUGCGAGCCGCUGAAGGGCAUCUUCAUCCGGCCGUCCAAGCUGAGCAGGAGCUGGCAGGCCGACGAUGAGACCAACGGCCUGCAGCCAGCGCCUGCUGCCCAGGCCACACCGCCCCUGUCGGCCGCCCCGGCCCCUGCGGCCGCCCCGAAGGCACCCCAGCCCUCCGCGAAGGAGGCACCGGCCACCCCUCACAUCAGCAACCUGACCAGGACGGCCAGCGAGUCCAUCUCCAACCUCUCGGAGGCUGGCUCCCUCAAGAACGGGGAGCAGGAGCUGAAGCUCGGGGACCGGGUGCUGGUGGGAGGCGUGGAGGCCGGUGUGGUGCGCUUCCUCGGGGAGACGUACUUCGCCAAGGGGGAUUGGUGCGGCGUGGAGCUGGACAAGCCGCUGGGCAAGAACGAUGGCGCCGUGGCCGGAACGAGGUACUUCCAGUGUCAGCCCAAGUACGGUUUGUUUGCUCCCAUUCACAAAGUCACCAAGAUUGGCUUCCCCUCCACGACGCCGGCCAAGGCCAAGGCGGCCCCCGCGAGGCGUGUGAUGGCCACCACCCCCGCCAGCCUGAAGCGCCGCCCGUCGGCCUCCUCGCUCAGCUCCGUGAGCUCCGUGGCCUCAUCCGUGAGCAGCAGGCCCAGCCACACGGAACUAUUGCCAGAAACCUCCUCUCGCUAUGCCUGCAAGAUCUCCAGCACAACCGCCCUCCAGGAGGCGCUGAAGGAGAAGCAGCAGCACAUUGAGCAGCUGCUGGCCGAGCGAGACCUGGAGCGGGUGGAGGUGGCCAAGGCCACGAGCCAUGUGGGGGAGAUAGAGCAGGAGCUGGCCCUGGGGGACGGGCACGACCAGCACGUCCUGGAGCUGGAGGCCAAGAUGGACGAGCUGCGGGCCAUGCUGGAAGCGACCGACUGGGAGAAGGUGGAGCUGCUGAACCAGCUGGAGGAGGAGAAGAGGAAAGUGGAGGACCUCCAGUUCCGAGUCGAAGAGGAGUCCAUCACCAAGGGCGACCUGCAGAAGGAGGUGAAGGCCCUGCAGGCGGCCUCCGAGAAGCUCGCCAAGGAGAACGAGGGGCUGAGAACUAAGCUGGACCAUGCCAACGAGGAGAACACAGACGUGAUCGCCCCGUGGAAGUCCAAGCUGGAGACGGCCAUCGCCCCGCACCAACAGGCCAUGGGCGAGCCGAAGGCGUCCGUGAGCCGGGGCGUGGGCGCCGAGGCGGCCGAGCUGGCCGAGCUCAAGAUGCAGAUGGAGAGGCUGCAGUUCGAGUACCAGCAGGAGGUAGAGAACUCGAAGGCCCAGCAGGUGGCUGAGCGUGCAGCGCACGCCUUUGAGCUGCAGACGCUCAGGUCGCGGCUGGUCAGGACAGCCCAGGAGCAGAAGAACAGCCUGGAGGCCGCGCGGGCCAAGCUCGACCAGACCGAGGACCAGCACCUGGUGGAGAUGGAGGACGCCCUGAACAAGCUGCAGGAGGCGGAGACGAAGGUAACGCACCUGGAGGGGUUGCGGGCCAUGUGUAGGCAGCAAGCCCAGGCCCUGGCCGACGCCACGGCGCAGCUGGAGGCCACCCAGCAGAAGCUCUUGCAGCUCGAUGGGCUCCGAAAGGCCAGUUGAGGUCAAUUGGGAAUGGAGAAGCUCAGGCAGCAGCUCCAGGUGGCUGAGCAGCAGAUUCAGGAGUUAGAGAAUGCAAAGCGGGCCGAGAGUGGCAGGUUGGCCGAGAGCCUGGCCGAGGAGCUGCAGGGGAAGGAGCUAGCGCUUCGUAGUCUUCAGGAGAACUUGAACGAAGUCAGUCGAGUGAAGGAGGCUUUGGAGAAAGAGCUUCGGGACGUGAGCCGCAGCCAGUCCCAGGCUCUGCAGGCCGAGCACGCCAAGUCCACCACGGAGAGCCAGGCGCAGCACGAGGAGGCGCUGCAGGCCCUGCAGAAGCUGCGGCUGCAGGCGGAGGAGAAGCUGCAGGCGGUGCAGGCGGAGAACGGGAGCCUGCUGCGGGAGGUGGCCGAGCUGAAGACGCAAGCCGACAAGGCCAAGUCAUUAACUUCCCUAAUAACAUCAGAGGAAAUUGAGCUGAUGUCGGAGGAUCUCAGGGCCCUGAGGUCAGAGAAUCAAUUGCUGGCGAAGGAGAAGCUCUCUCUGAAGUCAGAGAGAGAGUCAUUGCUAUUGAAGUUGAAGGAAGCGGAGGCCAAAAACUCUUCGCUGCGGGAAGAGCAGAGGAAACUCUGGCUGUUGAACCAAGCCAUACGCUGCGACAAGGAGAAGGUCAUCGAGGCCAGGCGGGCCGCAGAGAAGCUCUGGCAGGAGGAGCAGCUCGGCCGAGAAGCCCUCGAGGCGGAGAAAGAGAAAGUGCUGGAAGAAGCCAGGGCGGUGCAGGAGGAGCUCCAGAGGGUGGGCGCGGAGAACGACGCCCUGCAGGUCGCCAAGGUGGGGCUGCAGGCCCUGGUGGAGGAGCUGCAGAUGAGCAAGAGCAGCCUGGUGGCUGAGUGUAAGAAGGGCCUGGAGGAGAGGGGCCAGCUGGAGGAGCAUGUCAAGAAGCUGGUUCUGGAGAACCUAUCCCUGGCCAAGGACAAGGACAACAUCAUCCAGAAGCUGCAGUGCUCCUAUCAUGAGCUGGCUUGGGAUCAGAAGUCGCUGGUGCAAGAGAUCGAGGAGCUCACGGCCGAGAAAGAGUCGGCCCUCGAGAAGCAGUUGGAGCUCGACAGCCUGUGCGUGGCCCUGAAGCUGGAGCGUGACGGCCUGGCUCAGAGGAACAAGGAGCUGCAGCUCGAGAAGGACCUGCUGCGCCAGGAGCAGGAGAAGCUGGGCGCCAGCCUGGAGGCGGCGCUACAGGCCAAGGAGCUGCUGGGCACCGAGGCCAGCUGCCUGCGCACGCAGCUGGACGAGGCCACCAAGACCGUGCACAAGGCCGAGCUGGAGGUGCUGCAGCAGGAGCUCCAGGGGCUGGCGGAGAAGGAGCAGCUGGCCGGCAGUUACUUCCUCCUCCAGAAGGAGGUCAGUCGGCUGGCCCAGACCAGCAGCCACGUCUCGGCCAACCUCCUGGAGGCCCAGAAGGAGAACCGCAUGCUGAAGAAGGACAAGAUCAGGCUCACCUUCAAGAUCAGAGAGCUCAAGACGCUGCAGUCUUUUACGGCUGUGCAGACAGCGGAAGAUGCCAGGCAUUUUAUGCAGCAACUGUCCCAGGAGAAGACAGAGACCCUGGCCUCCCUGGAGGACACCAGGAACACCAAUGCAAACUUGCAGAAUGAGAUCGAUUUCCUGAAUUCCGUGAUCGUGGACCUCCAAAGAAAGAAUCAGGACCUCAAGAUGAAAGUGGAGAUGAUAUCCGAGGUGGCUCUCGACGGGAACGGGGACGACUCAACAAUUACGACGACAACUUCGGCCCGGCCACCCCAUUCUCUGCACUGUGCAGCAAUCACCAGCACUUGA